AAUAAAUAUAUAAACGUUUAGUAGGCAAACAUAAACUUUGGAUUUGUUGACAGUAUAAUUACUGUUAAUUUUUAUUUGUUAUUUGUUAUUACUUGUAUACUAAAAAAGAAUAAAAAUGAGUAGCUACAGAAAAAGAGAACCAUCAAAUGAUGAUGAUGAUAGUAAUAGUGAUGAGGAUCGUCGUUUAAAAGACAUAAAAGAACGUGAUGAAUUUGCAAAUCGUUUAAGAUCAAAAGAUGAUUCAAAAGUACGUAAAAUAACAACAACAACAUCAGGUAGUUCAAAUGCAGCUGAAGCAGCAAAACGUAUUAAAUUAAUGGAAACAGAAAAUCGUGAUAAAAUGAUGCCAAAAUUACGUAUUGAAUCACGACGUCAAUAUCUUGAAAAACGUAAAGAAGAUAAAGUUGCUGAAUUAGAAGCUGAUAUACGUGAUGAUGAGGCACUUUGGGAUGAUGAUGUAUUAACACAAAAAGAAAAAUCAGAUAGAGAACAUAAAAAAAAAAUACUUCAAAUAGCUGUUGAACAUGGAAAAGCUGGUGAACUUGAAAAAAUUCAACGUUAUCAUAUGCCACAUGAAAAUAAAAAAAAUGAACAAGAAAAAGAUUCACUUCAAAUUGAACCACCACAAUCAGAACAAACAAAAUGGGAAUCACAUCAAAUGAAUUCAGCUGUAUUUAAAUUUGGUGCUAAAGAUAGAAAAAAUCAAGAAGAAUAUGAUUUACUUCUUGAUGACAUGAUAAUGUUUACUGAUGAACCAUUUAAAAUGUCAGGUUCAAAUGAAGAAUCAUUAUUAGCAUCAUCAUCAAAUGAAAAUGAAAAAAAAAAAGUAUUAACAACAAUUGAAGAAGUACAAAAAAGUUUACCAAUAUAUAGAUUGAAAGAAAAAUUAAUGCGAGCAAUUAGAGAUCAUCAAAUAUUAAUAAUUGAGGGCGAAACUGGAUCUGGUAAAACAACACAAUUACCACAAUAUCUUUAUGAAGCUGGUUAUGCUGAUAAUGAUAAAAUAAUUGGUUGUACACAACCAAGAAGAGUUGCAGCAAUGUCAGUUGCAGCUCGUGUUGCACAUGAAAUGGCUGUUAAACUUGGUAAUGAAGUUGGUUAUGCAAUACGUUUUGAAGAUUGUACAUCACAAAGAACGCGAAUAAAAUAUAUGACUGAUGGUACAUUACAUCGUGAAUUUUUAAGUCAACCAGAUCUUGAAUCAUACAGUGUUAUGAUUAUUGAUGAAGCUCAUGAAAGAACAUUACAUACUGAUAUAUUAUUUGGUCUUGUUAAAGAUAUAGCACGUUUUCGUCCAGAACUUAAAUUAUUAAUAUCAUCAGCAACACUUGAUGCAGAUAAAUUUAGGGCUUUUUUUGAUGGGGCAGCAGUAUUUAAAAUACCUGGACGUAGAUUUCCAGUUGAUAUUUAUUAUACAACAGCACCAGAAGCUGAUUAUAUUGAUGCAUGUGUUGUAACAAUAUUACAAAUUCAUGCAACACAAGGUAAUGGUGAUAUACUUGUAUUUUUACCUGGACAAGAAGAAAUUGAAUCAUGUCAUGAAAUAUUACAAGAUCGUACACGUAGAUUAGGUGCUAAAUUACGUGAAUUAUUAAUACUUCCAGUAUAUGCAAAUUUACCAAGUGAUAUGCAAGCUAAAAUAUUUCAACCAACACCAAAAGGUGCACGUAAAGUUGUAUUAGCAACAAAUAUUGCUGAAACAUCAUUAACAAUUGAUAAUAUUGUAUUUGUUAUUGAUCCUGGUUAUGCUAAACAAAAUCAUUUUAAUGCUAAAACUGGAAUGGAAAGUUUAAUGGUUGUACCAAUAAGUAAAGCAUCAGCAAAUCAAAGAGCUGGUAGAGCUGGACGUGUUAGUGCUGGUUCAUGUUUUAGAUUAUAUACACAAGAUAUAUUUCAUCUUGAAAUGGAAGAUAAUACAAUACCAGAAAUACAAAGAAUAAAUCUUGGUAAUGCUGUAUUAACAUUAAAAGCACUUGGUAUUAAUGAUUUAAUACAUUUUGAUUUUCUUGAUCCACCACCACCUCAAACACUUGUAUUAGCAUUAGAACAAUUGUAUGCACUUGGUGCAUUAAAUCAUCAUGGUGAAUUAACAAAACUUGGAAGAAGAAUGGCUGAAUUUCCACUUGAUCCAAUGAUGGCUAAAAUGCUUAUUGCAAGUGAAAAAUAUCGUUGUUCAGAUGAAAUUGCAUCAAUUGCAUCAAUGUUAUCAGUUAAUGGAGCAAUUUUUUAUCGUCCAAAAGAUAAAAUUAUUCAUGCUGAUACAGCUAAACAAAAUUUUCAUGUACCUGGUAGUGAUCAUAUGACACUUUUAAAUGUUUAUAAUCAAUGGCAGCAGAGUGAUUUUAGUAUACAAUGGUGUUAUGAAAAUUUUAUUCAACAUAAAUCAAUGAAAAGAGCUAGAGAUGUUAGGGAACAACUUAUUGGAUUAAUGGAAAGAGUUGAAAUGGAAAUUAUAUCUGGUAUUUCAGAAACAAUAAAUAUUAGAAAAGCAAUUACAUCUGGUUAUUUUUAUCAUGUUGCUAGAUUAUCUAAAGCUGGUAAUUAUAAAACAGCUAAACACAAUCAAACUGUAUCAAUUCAUCCAAAUAGUUCAUUAUUUCAAGAAUUACCAAGAUGGGUUGUUUAUCAUGAACUUCUUUAUACAACCAAAGAAUACAUGAGACAAAUUACUGAAAUUGAAAGUAAAUGGUUACUUGAAGUUGCACCACAUUAUUAUAAACCAAAAGAACUUGAAGAUUCGACAAAUAAAAAAAUGCCUAAAGUUGCUGGACGAGCUGUACCAGAUGGUACCAAUUAAUUUAUACCUAUCUAUAUAUUAUUUUUCUGUACAGUUUAAAAUUAAUUAGGUUCUUUUCAAUAAAAAAAAAAAAAUCACAAACAUUUGAUAUAUGAAAAAAAUAUCAUUUAUAUUUUUAAUUUGUUAAUAUUAUAAAUUUACAAUCUUUCAACUUAUUAACAAAUUUAAAUAUAUUUUUUCAUGACAAUAAUAAAUUAGUUUUAAUUUUAAAUAAUGAUAAUGAUAAAUUAUUGUCAAAAAAAAAAGAAAAAAAAAAAA